AUGCAUGACAAACCAUGUGAAAAUGUCAACGACAAAAAUCAAACUACCGCGGAAAAGCAAAUUCCAGCAGUUGAAAAACUAAAAAACACACCUGUGCCUUUGCCAAUAGCCAAACCAACGCCGGGAAAAUCAACAGAAGCCGGUUUGUUAGAGAAGUCUUCAAAUGGCAUUGCAAUCAAAUCGCCCAUCAUAACUGCGGAAGCGUCAACUGCCACAGGCGCUGCCAGCAACACUACCAGUGCAAAUGCCACAUCAACUGCCAAAUUAUCUACUGCCACAAUCACUACUGCUACCGGUAAGGAGAUAAUACCAAGCGCUCCGCCCAGUAAUUAUUGCAAUCGGCGCACUUGGAUCACCACUGAACGUCUAAAUGAGUUGCGUCGUCGCGCACAAGAAGCGGUCAAACAGAAUAAAACCUUCACCAUACGCGGCUCCUUUCACUCAGUGCGCAACGCACUCGUCGCACGCGGUUGGAUCGAAAAGUUGGAUGUGCAUCGCAAACAAAUUCCAACGGGCGUCUGUCAAGUGACUUACGAUGAUUUGGCACAGGGUCUACCUAAACGCAAGGCAGGCGAGACGCGUCGCCAGUAUAUUGCUAAGUGUGAACGUAACAUUAUGUCACGCUUCCUCGAACACAUGCCUAUCGACUUCUUGUGGACGAAUCGUAAAGAAAAAUGUGAUUAUAUAGAUCAGGCGAAAAAUCCGGGCAUGAUAAUUAACAAGUUCCAUCGUGCGCCAUUCACUUCGAAGGAGGGUUUGUGUGCUCAGUUGAAAGACUUUCAUUGGUUUUACGAGGAGGGCAUGUCUGAGUUGUAUUUUCCACGUUGUUAUAAUGUCUGGAGCCUUGAAGAGUUGGCCGAGUUCAUGGAUAAUUUCAAGCUUACCGCCUGCAUAGCAUUCAUACGUUUGGUUGUUGAUCGCUAUCGCAGAAAAGGACUCGACUCAGUCUUUUCCACAAUGGGCACAGUGCCAUAUGGCAGUGUGGAUUUCGCUAUUAAGCGAACCAGUGAUUUCUUGGAUAGUUGUCAGCAUAAGGAUAUCGAUUUGGAUGAGUUGUCGCGAGUGUGGGAACAUGAGUGGGAUGUAUUCUUUCAUCAACAUCAGCAAGUCGUUACGGAGGAGGCGAAAAUUUUUACUGAACCCACACGUGCACCAGAUUUCACCAUCAAAUUGUGCAUACAACUUUUGGAGAAUUUACAAGCUUAUUGGCCUCAAUACACACUGGAUGGCUAUCAGAAUUUAUGGAUCGUCAAGCCGGCGAAUAAAUGUCGUGGACGUGGUAUACAGUUGAUGGAUAAUUUGAAGAAAAUCUUAGUGCUUGUAAAUCCAUCGAUCGGUUCGAAGAGUCGUUAUGUGGUGCAGAAGUAUAUUGAACGACCGUUAAUAAUUCACCAUACAAAAUUCGACAUACGUCAGUGGUUUCUCAUUACCAACGUACAGCCGCUGGUCGUUUGGAUGUAUAAGGAUAGCUAUUUACGUUUCAGCUCACAGGAGUAUAGCUUGAGUAAUCAUCACGAAUCCGUACACCUGACCAAUCACGCCAUACAGAAGAAAUAUAAUAACGGUAAACGUGAUAAACGUUUGCCCAUUGAGAAUAUGUGGGAUUGUUAUUCAUUUCAAGCAUAUUUGCGUCAAAUUGGCAAACAGGAUAUGUGGCAGGAACGUAUUUAUCCGGGCAUGAAGAAGGCUAUUGUGGGUACUAUGUUGUCGUCGCAAGAGAAUAUGGAUCGACGUCCGAAUACAUUUGAAUUAUUUGGUGCAGAUUUUAUGAUUUGUGAGAAUUUCUAUCCAUGGUUAAUCGAGAUCAAUUCAAGUCCAGAUUUGGGUGCAACAACAAGUGUGACGGCGCGUAUGUGCCCACAGUGUCUGGAGGAUGUGAUAAAAGUUGUCGUUGAUCGCCGCUUGGAUCCCAAAGCCGACAUGGGUAAUUUCGAGUUAAUCUAUCGUCAAGUUGUCCCACCAACACCAGCUUACAUGGGGCUCAACCUCUUCGUAAAGGGCAAACAAAUUGUUACCAAGCCGCCACAUCAUCAUCAUCACCAUCAUCAUAAUCAUUCGAAUAAUCUACGCGACCGCCUACCACUCAGCGGUCACAAUUACCGACAUCGCAUCACCAUAACGCCAGCCAUAUCGAAUGUCCAUAAGGCAAUGCCGACCUUUAACGCAACCGAAUAUGUAGAGAAAUAUAUUAUGGAGGCAGGUAAUAGCAGCCGCAGCAGCCUAAGUGGCGGCAUUACAGCUUCUGGUGCCGUUAUACACACCUCACCGACACCUAUGCAAAUGGUACAGAGCGCACGACGUAAAUAUCAUACAACUCCCCAAGCGCCCAUAAUGAUCUGUCCGAAUUUGUUGAAAACGCCACGCGCUCCCGUCGGCACGCGGCGUAAAUCCUUUACAAAUUUCACUAGCAAGGCAAGUACAAUGCCUAAUGUAGUGGCGGCAAAGAACACGGAGACGAUGAUACCGCUGAUCAAACGUCAUCGGAGUUGUGGCCCACGUCUCAACAGUGGCAUUAAUAACGCGAGCGCCACAACAAUUGAAGGUGAUAAAAAUUUCAAAUUUAUCAUUAAGAAAUGCGCCAUUCCAACGUCAGGCGAGGGCAAAAACCCUCUAACGGUGUCAGUCAACCAAGAAGUGUCAAAUGAAAGUGUACACGCGCACGCGAUCAAAAGUAAAAGCGUCGAUAAUAUUGUCGAAUUGUUGCGCAGGUUCAAAGGUCAGCAGUCGGCAUUGUCGCUCCAACAGCAACAGGGCCUAACACAAUCUACACAAGCGGCACGCAGUCAAAGUGUUGCCAAUGAACUGCAUGUCGCCGCAAGCGAAAAAUCAAUCAAGUCCUUGUUGCCAAAACAAACGAAAUUGAAUACUACGGACGCGUCUCAGGUAAAAGCCGCGAACUCCGCCAAUAUACGUACAGUUGGACGCAGUCUUGCGACUUGGCGUCGCUCCAGGCGUCACAGCGGCAGAUGUACGACAACCGCUAGUGGUAGAAAAUCCACUAGCAGCGUUUAUGUUUGCAAGAAAACACCAAUGACUAUGUUGACCGUUACACCUACGACAGCAGCAGCAACAGCGGCAGCGAUCUCAAGUGUCGGCGAACGUUCUCGCAGCUCAUCUGCUAUUCAAUGUGCUGGCGUUACAGCUUCCCUACAAACUGCCACAGCAAAAGUCUAG